CGCCUCAGAUAAGCGUCCGCAGAGGAGGAGAGGAGAAGGGGAGGAGAAGGAGAAGACAAGGAGCCACGCUUGCUGCAUCAUUGUGCAACUCGGGUCCGAGGAGCAAGCAUGUUGGGCUUGUUGCAAUCGAUCAUGGGAAAGCGUGACACCUGCAAGACCCGGAAAUAUCGCUUUCUCUGAGGCUGACAACUUUGCGUCCCAUUCACACUGGAUCUGUGACCUGUCAUCACUUCUCCCAGAGAGUGUGCGUCUCAACACAACACAACAGGGAGGCUUCAGAGAAUCCCGACCGACCGACCGCCGCCGCUUCUCCGCGCUCUCUACACAAGUGUUACUACGAGUUUGAGUGAUGGGAUCACCGGUUACUCUGUCGUCCUUGCGCCUCAUUUUGGUCUUGACGGCUCACGUAUGGACUCUUAACCCCGAUGACCCCAACGUCUGCAGCCACUGGGAAAGCUACGCCGUCACCGUUCAGGAGUCUUACGCUCACCCGUUUGACCAGAUCUACUACACCAGGUGCACGGAUAUUCUAAAUUGGUUCAAGUGCACAAGGCACAGGAUCAGCUAUAAGACGGCGUACCGGCGCGGCGUGAGGACCAUGUAUAGGCGCCGCUCCCAAUGUUGCCCUGGUUACUUUGAGAGUGGAGACUUGUGUGUUCCUCUAUGCACGGAAGAGUGUGUCCACGGCCGCUGUGUGUCUCCUGACACCUGCCAGUGCGAGCCAGGUUGGGGCGGACUGGACUGCUCCAGCGGUUGCGAGAGCGACUUUUGGGGACCUCACUGCAGCAAUCGUUGCCAGUGCCAAAAUGGGGCAAAGUGCAACCCUAUCACAGGGGCGUGCGUCUGCACCGACGGCUACCAAGGAUGGCGCUGCGAGGAGCUCUGUGAGCCGGGUUACUACGGGAAGGCUUGCCAACUGCCGUGCCAGUGUCUGAACGGAGCCACCUGCGACCACCGAACCGGAGAGUGCGUCUGCGCAGCGGGCUACGCCGGCGCCUUCUGCGGCCAACGCUGCCCGUAUGGAAGUCACGGACCGCAAUGUGAGCAAGGCUGCCCUUGUCAGAAUGGAGGCACGUGCCACCACAUCACUGGGGAUUGUUCCUGCCGCGCAGGCUGGACGGGUUCCGUUUGUGGCCAACCGUGUCCUCUUGGGAAAUACGGCAGCAACUGUAGUAAAGACUGUUCCUGCCGCAACGGCGGCCUUUGUGACCACGUCACAGGCCAGUGUCAAUGUGCGGCUGGCUUCAGCGGUCGCAGGUGCCAGGAUGACUGUCCCGUGGGUACCUACGGCCCGCAAUGUCACCAAAAGUGCGAGUGCCACAAUGGCGCCAAGUGCCACCACAUCAACGGCGCCUGUCUGUGCGAAACUGGUUUUAAAGGACCCGAUUGCCAGGAGAGAUUCUGUCCCCCGGGCCUUUACGGCCUCAUCUGUGACAAGUACUGCCCCUGUAAUGCAACCAACACUGCCAGCUGCCACCCACUUUCCGGAGAGUGCGCCUGCACUGCGGGUUGGACCGGGAUUUACUGUAAUGAGACCUGCCCGGCUGGCUACUACGGGGAAGGAUGCAUGUCGCCGUGUAGCUGCAACAACGGCGCGGACUGCCACCCCAUGACUGGCACCUGCAUGUGCGCGCCGGGUUUUAUGGGUGAAGACUGCGCCACCGAGUGUCCUCUGGGUUUGUUUGGACCGAGCUGCAUGUCCACCUGCUCCUGCCAUAAUCACGCUUCCUGCUCGCCUGUUGACGGAUCCUGCACGUGUAAGGAAGGCUGGCAAGGGAUGGACUGCUCCAUCCUGUGCCCCAGUGGUCUUUGGGGUCUCGGCUGUAAUCAGUCUUGCUUGUGCGCCAACGGUGCCGCUUGUGACCCGGUGGACGGUACCUGUACAUGUUCUCCGGGCUGGCGGGGCGAGCACUGCAAGGAGCCCUGCCCUGAUGGCACUUUUGGGCUGGAGUGCAGGGAGCGCUGUGACUGCAGUCAUGCGGACAGCUGCGACCCAGUAAGCGGCUACUGCCUCUGCCACCCAGGCUGGACAGGAAUCCACUGUGACAACGUGUGCCCGCAAGGCUACUGGGGCAACAACUGUUCGCUUAGCUGCCCGUGUCAGAACGGAGGCUCCUGCUCUCCGGAGGACGGCACGUGCGUGUGCGCACCUGGAUUCCGAGGGACUUCCUGUAAACGAACAUGCUCUCCGGGCUUCUACGGGCACCGCUGCAGCCAAUCGUGCCCGCGCUGUGUUCACAGCACGGGGCCGUGCCAUCACGUAAGCGGCCACUGCGAGUGUCUGUCCGGCUACUCGGGUCCUUUGUGCAGCCAAGUUUGUCCCAGUGGCAGAUAUGGAAGGGCCUGUGGCGAAAUUUGCCGUUGCACCAACAACGGAACCUGUAACCCCAUUGAUGGCUCCUGCCAGUGCUUCCCCGGAUGGAUCGGGCAAGACUGCUCCCAGGCCUGUCCCUCGGACCGCUGGGGCCCGGAUUGUCUCAACUCGUGUAACUGUCACAACGGAGCUCAAUGCAGCGCCUAUGACGGAGAAUGCCGAUGCGGAUCCGGCUGGACCGGGCUCUACUGCACGCAGCGCUGUCCCUCGGGCUUCUACGGCCGGGAUUGCGGCGAAGUGUGUCGCUGCCAGAACGGCGCCGAGUGCGACCACAUCACGGGCCUGUGUGUUUGUCGAACGGGAUUCAUCGGGACGAGUUGCGAGCAGAAGUGUCAUUCGGGUACAUUUGGAUACGGCUGUCAGCAGCUGUGUGAGUGUCUGAACAACGCUACCUGUGACUACGUGACCGGGACAUGCUACUGCAGCCUGGGAUACAAAGGAAUCCGCUGCGAUCAAGCGUCUCUCAUGAUGGAGGAGCUGAACCCCUACACCAAGAUCAGCCCGGCCCGCGGCUCGGAGCGCCAGUCCGCAGGCGCUGUCAUGGGCAUCAUCUUCCUCCUCCUCAUCAUCAUGGCCAUGCUCAGCCUGUUUGUGUGGUACCGGCAGAGACAGCGGGAGAAAGGACACGAAAUCCAGCCCAGUGUGUCGUACACGCAAGCCAUGCAGAUGACCAACGCUGACUAUUCGCUCUCUGAGUGCGGAAGCACGGUGGCCGUAAAAAGCAGUGCAGCCGAGGUCCUUCCCAAUCCAAGCGGCAGCGGUAGCGGCAGCCAAUGCUUCGCCAACCCCAGCUACCACACGGUGGCCCAGUGCAACGUUGUCUCAACCAUCUCCAGCAACCUGGACGCCACUCUGACCCUCAAGUCCAGCACUCUAAAAAACCGAAACAGUUCCGACUGGAGAGCCUACUGCAACCUCAACGAUCUGGCAGAUGUUCAACAGGGGGAGACGCAGGCUCCGAGAGGCUCCAGAAAGGAUUACGUCAAGGGUUCCAUGUGCAACAACAGUUCCUGCUCCUUGAACACCGAGAACCCCUACGCCACAAUCCGGGACCCGCCUGGACUGGCGUGCAAGCACACAGAGAGCAGCUACGUGGAGAUGAAGUCCCCCUCCCACCGCGAAGUUCCCUUCGGGGGCACCGCCACCCUCCUGGGCAGCACCAGAGGGAACAUCUAUGAUGUCGCCAUGGCAGAGCCCACGGUGAGUGUUUUGCAAGGGCCCAACGGGAUGGCCACCGGCUUCUCCCAGAACCCGUAUGAGCUCUCCCGCGGCGGCCACAUCCCGCCCCACUAUGACAUCCUACCUAUGCGCCACAGCCCCACGCACACGCCCUCGCCGUCACACCAGGAGAGCCCCAGCUCCCUCCUCUAGAGAACCCAACGCUGGAAACACAAUUUUCAUAGCGUCACUUUAUGUGGUCAACAAGGACAUGACAGCCACGGCUCUUUUGGACCCGAAAGGAAAGCCCGCACACCAGCAAUCAGUCACCUAUUUGAUUUUGCUUUCCCAGAUCCCCCAAUCUGCUUCUAGGGUCUUUAUGGACGCUCUGGAGCAGAAGGUGAAUCUCCCACAGGCUGCCAUGCUUGGAUCGGAAGGAGAAGUUAUUUACAGGGACAAUUUAGUUUAUAGAACGGCCAAAUGGGCUUGACGUGAGUAACGGUUACGGUUACGAUUGAUCAUGUACAGCAGGGGUGGGAAAGCUUUUGUGCUCAAGGGCCACAUUUACUUUUGAAAAUGGCUGGAUAAAGAAGAAUGUUUUAAAGGAGGGGGGGUUGCCAUUUUCAAAAAAUAAUGACUUUCUAUCGUAUUUAACAAAAAUGUCAGUAUGACUUGAUAAUGUGAAGGAAAAAAACCAGCUGACUCCGCCCCCAUUUUUUGCCUGUAAUUUGAUGACACAAAAAAACUAUAAAAGCACCUUACAUAACGGAGUGUUACUAUAAAACUAAAUGUUUUCAUUUUCGACUUUUUUUUCUUUUUUUUUGCAAGGUGGAGUUUCCUGCGAAUGUGUGACAAAUGAUUGACGCUUUGUAAGUCACUCCUUUUGUCUCUGGUUGUUUUUCCUCAGGCGGGAUGGUUUCUUCUCGCUCAAAAUUGAGGUUGAAUUUUUUUCCACACAUAUUUAUUAUAUAAGACAAUAAGUUUGUGUAAAAUAUGUAAAAUAGUACCCGUGACCUUAGGACAAGCCGGAUGGAUGUUUUUUUAUAUCUAAUUCCAAUAUUAAUUAUUACUUUAAUGAACCAAUUAUUUAAUAAAAUAAAUAAUGCAAUGAUUAUUUCACUAAUAUUUCAUUGUUUUAAGUAUAUAAAAUAAAGCAGCUGCUAACAAGGUAAAAAUGUAAUACUCUUGAUAAAGUAAAUGCUCAGUGGGCCGAACUUGAGAAGGAAGCGGGCCCACCCCUGAUUUACAGGAGAUUGUCAGACGUAGGUGACAUGAUGAGAUCAACUGCAGUGGAAACCUUGGAAAAACAUGACCUCAUUGAUUUAAAAAAAAUAAAAUAAAAAAAAAGCAUGGAUAGAAAAUAAUGUCAGUCACAGUCAGUCUCUGUCUUUGCUGUGUGCCAGUAAUGAGCACACCGUAAUGAGAUGCCGGGUCAAAGUGAAGAGCUUCGUUUGUGUUGCAGUCUAAAUGAGGUUGUGAUAUUUGGGUCAGCAGAGUUUAUGCGCUGACUGCAUCAAAAACAUGUCUCAACUUUUGGAUUUGCUCCUCAUUAUUGAACUUGUGUUGUUUUUCUGUGCCGGAACUUUUCUUGCAAAUGUCUGUACAGCGUGUCAAAGAAAGAUGGGUUUGAUGUUUAUAUUUAUGCUCUUUAUACAGCUAAUCUAUUUAUUUAUUUAUGUUAUUAGUGGUGAAUCACAUUUGAAAAAAAAAGAUGAGCAUGAACACAUUAUGGCUACCCACCGAUGUACAUAACACCAACCCGUCAAAUUGAUCUUCUUGUGAGAUGUAAUUUUGUGAAGCGUUUUAAAAUGGAAUUCUCUCUCUGUCGCUAUCUUUCUCUCGCUUUGUGAGAUUGUAAAUUCAAUUUUAGAUUUUAUCCACACACAAAAAAAAUAUUUUAUUUGACCAAUUCAACCUCCACAAAUAUGUCAUUUACAUUGGGGGGGGGGGGGGGGGGAGAGAAACCAUCUGCAUUAAACAAAUGUUAUUUGAAUUGAUUGCUUGAUUCUGUCACUUGCAUCACGGCCUCUGCGGAAGCAAUAACGUGUUGACAAUCAUUCCUCCAACUGCAUUUCAUCUGUACUGGACAUGAUGCACCUUACUUAAUUUCCUGUGACUGUUUUGUCUCUAGAGGAGUUUUAUUUUCUUGACCACUUGCUGUCAUACCGAUGCUGUUUUUUUUUGUUUUGGUAUAUUUCGGAUUAAAAAAGCGUUUUUGUGUCAUCGCAGCUGUCUUUUAGUCAGGUUCAUGUUUAAUGUAUUGCAUUCAUUUGGUCAUAUUUAAUGUGCUGGUCACGGAAGUGAUGGUGUUUCAUGUUAAAUAUGUAGCAUAAA